AUGCGGGGGGCUUCACACACGGUCCUCGCCCUUCUGGUGGCGAUACUUGCCAUCAGCAACCUACCAUAUGGCAUAUGUGCACGGGCACAGCCCGAGUCCGUGGUGCUGCAGGCGCUGCGCGGGAAUGUCAAGGACGGCGCCAAGGCUCUGCCCGUCGUGCUGUGGCACGGCAUGGGCGACAGCUGCUGCGCCGCGGGCGGCAUGGGCGCAGUCAAGCAGCUGAUCGAGGACGAGCUGGGUGUGUUUGUGCACUCCAUUGCCACCGGUGAGGGCGAAUAUCAUGACAUCUGGAGCUCUUUCAUGGGCAACGUCAACGCCCAGGUCGAGAUCGUGUGCGGCCAGCUGAGCAAGAUGCCCGAGCUCAAGCACGGCUUCAACGCCAUCGGCUUCAGCCAGGGCGGCCAGUUCCUGAGGGCCGUCGUGGAGCGCUGCGCCCACACGCUGCCGCCGAUCCGCACGCUCGUCACAGUGGGCGGGCAGCACCAGGGCGUGAUGAAUACGCCCGGCUGCACCCAGGACGCCGACGGCUGGUCGGCCAAGGCCUGCGCGAUCAUGCAGACGCUGCUGGCGCGCGGCGCGUACGCCCCCUGGGUCCGGGAGAACGUCGUGCAGGCGCAAUACUUCAAGGACCCCAGUGCGCUGCUGUCAUAUGUGGCCAACAACAUAUUCCUGGCCGACAUCAACAACGAGCGCGCCGAGAAGAACCCGCAGUACGCGGACAAUCUGGCGUCACUGGACAGGCUGGUGCUGUACCGCUUUGACGACGACACCACUGUCGUGCCCCGUGAUAGUGCUUGGUUCAGCUUCUUUGAUGGCAAGGACACGGUCGCCAUUCAGGACCAGCCCAUCUACAAAGAGGACUGGAUUGGCCUCAAGCGGCUGGAUGAGAAGGGCGGGCUCAUCAUGGAGUCCGCCCCCGGCGAGCACAUGCAGUUCACCCUGUCCUGGUUCCGCCGCGAGAUCGUCCAGAGGUGGCUGUCGGCACCCGGUGACGACCAGGAGUGA